CCGUGCGCGCAUGGUUUCCUGGUAAUUAAUUUGAAAUCCGGUGGUUCCGUGCAAAUGCCCGUGUUGAUAAAACCGUCCGUCUGCGAUGCGCGUCGGAAUUCGGAAACUGAGCGAGGCCGUGUUGGGUGUUGGCCGUCCUCCAUUUCAUGGCGAUUUCACUUGACCAAGCGACGCCAACCGUAACACGAUCCGCGACGGCGUCCUCCGACCUUCUCCGCCGACGUCCCACCCCCACCGCCACCCCGGGACUGGUGGCAGAAUCCCCCGCGAGGUCGACCUCGGGCGGUUUUUUCGGAGAGGAAUCCAGCGUAGAGAGCAGCUCCGAUGGGGAGGUGUCCCAUCGGGUGGGGGGAGGCGAUGGUCCAGUGGACGAAGUGGAGAGGACGCCGAUGGCUUCGAACGACAAAGAGCACGAAGAUGGAAUCAGAAGGGGAAAGGGUCCGGCAUCCGAUGGCGAGGUCCGGGCCAUGUUCCUGUACCGGGCGUCGGCUCCGGCUCACCAAAGAAUCAAGGAGAGUCCAUUGAGCUCGGAUGCUAUCUUCAAGCAGAGCCAUGCAGGUCUUCUUAACCUGUGUAUAGUAGUGCUGAUUGCAGUCAAUGGAAGGCUUAUCAUUGAGAACUUGAUGAAGUAUGGUCUACUUAUUCAGGCUGGGUUUUGGUUCAGUUCAAAAUCAUUGAGAGAUUGGCCACUUUUGAUGUGUUGUUUUACUCUGUCCCUUUUCCCUCUCGCUGCAUUCUUGAUCGAAAAACUGGCAUGGAGAAAGCUUAUAUCUGAACCACUGGCCAUCGCUUUUCAUGUGAUAAAUACGACAUCUGCAAUUCUCUAUCCUACCUUUAUAAUUCUUAGGUAUGAUUCUUCAGUUUUAUCUGGCUUCUUGUUAAUGUUCAUUGCCAGCAUAGUAUGGUUGAAGCUUGUGUCCUAUGCACAUACCAAUUAUGAUAUACGAAUGCUAUCUCAGGAAGACAAGUCUUAUAGUUUUUCAGGCCUCAGUAACGAAGAAGGUGUUAGCUUCAAUCAGUUAGCAUACUUUAUGUUUGCUCCAACACUUUGUUAUCAGCAAAACUAUCCCCGUACAAUGUCCAUUAGAAAGGGUUGGGUUACCCGUCAACUUAUUAAGUGGGUGAUCUGUACAGGUGUAAUGGGCUUUAUCAUUGAGCAAUACAUGAAUCCAAUUGUGAAGCAGUCUCAACAUCCCUUAAAAGUGAAUCUUCUGUAUGCUAUAGAAAGAGUCUUAAAAUUGUCAGUUCCAACAUUGUAUGUGUGGCUUUGUAUGUUCUAUGGCUUUUUUCAUCUAUGGUUAAAUAUUCUGGCUGAGCUCCUUCUCUUUGGUGAUCGUGAGUUCUACAAAGACUGGUGGAAUGCAAAAACAGUUGAAGAGUAUUGGAGAAUGUGGAACAUGGUACGUCUUUGCAUAAUCACCCUAAGUUUUGCACGAUUGAUAGAUGAUUCUAUUUGUCUUUACAUAAAAUUCUACGCCUCUUUAUUUGUUUUUUUAAGGAAAAGGAUUUAA